CCGACUUUCAACACGGAAGUUGCCUACAUUUUCGCAAUCGCAAAAACAAACAAGCAUACGUCAGGAAAAGGGUGCUGAGUAUUGGUGAAAGGGAAAAGACAGAGUGCUUCGUUAAAACGUGUUUGGGGGUGGCGUAAGUCACGAGUUCAUAUCACACAAGCGGUAAGAAUAGUCGCUGUUCGAUGACAGAGACAGGGAACAAAUAACAGACAAAAGAUGGCGACCCAUGCGGCGGAACUUCACGACUUGCCGCCGUACACGGCGAUGUUGUGGUCCCAAUUUCAGGCUUGUCCGCCUCUCCUGUACAACUUGUUCGACUCGACAGUCCGCCCAGGGGAUGUGGCUCAUCAGUCCGACAAAGUGUUUGACGUGUCGGGAUCUCUGAUCAGUCACAAACUCAGUGAGCUGAUAGUGAAAAACAUUGAAGAACUUCACCGUCUGACCAACGACCUACUCAAUAUGCCAAUCUUGUUCCACAUCAAAGUGGAGCAUCAGCGUACAGACAACUACGUGGUGGUCAGAGUACGCAAGAAGUGGAAAGAUGAGUUUGCAGUGUUGGUAAACACACGUCACCCCCAGAUUCGGGAGAUGAUCACUAACAAGCUUACACAGGCCAUGCAAUAUAUGCAGGAAGGAAAGAAUUUUUGUCUGAAGUUGGACUUUGGACCUAGUGUGCGACAGUGGUACAGCGGUAUCGUGGACAGCCAGGUGACGUUUUGUGACAGUCGAUCCAACAAUGAUUCAGGUCACAUGACCCUUUGGGUGACCAAUUACUCGACCCCAAUGGAAUGUUGCACAUCCCUCCUCUGUAUCUUCAUAUGCUUUCCUCUCUGGCUGGUGUGUGGCGGGCCUUGUUACGUGACUCACAGAAAAAUAAAGUGCAUAGAUGAAGAACAAGAAUUCAAUGACUUCCCUGUGACUUUGCUGUCCGGAGUGACCAGAACUGUCACCAUUCAGAGGCAAGCACCUGUUCCCCAGGCCCCUCAAUACCCAUCAGCCCCUCGGAAUCAGCCAAUGCAACAGUAUCCUCCACAGGGUCCGAUGGCACAGCCUCCCUACAACCUCCAGGGUCCGCCCAAAGGACCGUACCCGCCAGUGGCGCCUCCAGCCUAUCCUGGGCCACUUCCACAGUACACAGCUUGAGGUAGUUUCUGAUUCAAACAUGAAACACGAUGCCUGAAAACAUCAAAAUCUAUAUAUGGAACAAUCUAGUAUGUAACAAGCUCCUCACUUCGUCCUAGUGCUUUAUGUAGACUUUGACAUCAAACCAAGUUUAAUGGUGGACAGAGGUCAUGACCUCAGUUCUAUGUCAGAUUAUUAUUGUCAAGGUCAGUGGUUGUAUGUCAUUGACCAUUAUGCCAUGGUCAUUGGUUGUGAUGAACUUUAUACCCUAGUGUAAUGGUGGUUUGUUUGACCUUGAACCCAACAUCAUGGUAAUUGGUCUUUGUGAACUUGACCAUGAUGACUUAUCUUGAUCCCGGUGAUAAAAACGCUUUUUGAUAUUUGAUAUGCAACGAUGUUCAAUAUGGUGGUGGACAUUAUUGAAAAGUGCUUUUUGUAACAAAACAAAUUCAUUUUGCCAUUUAUAUAUAAACGUGUACAGAACUUUGUCAGCUGCGAUUCCCAUACAUGUAAUCGUAGAAACAUCAUGCUUUAGUUGUGUGUAUUCUAUAUAACAGUGAAAUAUGUUGUCAACAUAUACAAAUUACCAGCUAAUGAAAUACAGUAUAACCUAUCUAAACCGGAUGUCACCAGGACCAAACUAUUUGUCCAGUUUACACAGGUGUCCGGUUUAUACAGGGUCGGC